AUGCUAAAAUCGUCUGAUAGCGUCGAUUCCCAAUUAGAUUUUGAAUCGUUUUCUUCGAAAGAAAUUAAAUGCGAUUCAUUAAACGAUGAAACGUUGACCAUUUCAACUGGGCAAACUUCUAUUUUUGGCACAGAGUCAGAUAUUGAGGAUAUUGACCUGGAUCGUUUAAUUCACGAACGUCAUGUGUUUGUAACUUCUGGAGCCAACUUAGAGGUCGAACAUGAUCCAAAUCAACAAAGUAAAUUUAGAUUAUUAUUUAGUCUUUUAAAAAAUUUCAUUGGUGUAAAAGAUAUUGUAACUUUACGUAUUUCACUUCCUGCUCAAUUACUUGAACCAAUUGGAAACUUAGAGUAUUGGAAUUAUAAUGACAGACCUGAUUAUUUAAUUUGUAUUGGUGACUCGGAUGAUCCGUUGGAAAGGAUGUUUGCUACUAUUAGAUGGUGGUUUUCUAAAGAUUUAAAAUAUGUUAAAGGAAAGUUGAUAAAACCAUAUAAUUCGAUUCUUGGAGAACAAUUUUCAUGUCAUUGGGAUGUUUCAGAACCAAGAUUUGAUAAAAAAGGAAACUUCAUUGAGCAACAAGAAACGUUAAAUGAAAAUGACAACAAUCAAAAGAAUUAUAGAGUUACAUGUUUAACAGAACAAAUAUCACAUCAUCCACCAGUUUCAGCUUUUUGUUAUCAUAGUGAAGAUAAAGGAAUAACUGCUCGUGGAGUAGAUCAACUUUCAGCAAGAUUUACUGGAACUUCUGUAAAAAUUGGACCAGGUGAACAAAAUAAAGGAAUUUACAUUAAUCUGAGUAAAAGAGGAAAUGAAGAAUAUUUAUUAACUCAUCCUGUAGCCAGUGUGCAGGGUUGGUUAAAAGCUUCACUAUAUAUAGUUGUUGGUGAAAGCUGUAUUAUAACUUGUCCAAAGACAAAAUUGAAAGCAAUAUUAGAAUAUAAAGAAGAGCGAUGGCUUGGAAAACCAAAAUUUGCCAUAGAAGGCAAGAUAUUUAAAUAUGAUCCGAAGAAUGAUGAUAAAAAAAAAUUGAAGAUAAUUAACGAAAAUGAUGUUUUAGCCGAAAUCACUGGUAGUUGGCGUGGACAAGUCCAUGCAACAAGACUGGAUACCAAUGAAACAAAAUUACUUUUAGAUAUGGAAAAGAUAUUCCCAAUUCCAAAACAAGUCAAACCAAUUUCAAAACAAAAACCACUCGAAUCACGUAAUGUUUGGAAACCUGUCACAACAGCUUUAUUUCAAAAAGACUAUACAAAGGCUACAAAAGAGAAACAAAUAAUAGAAGAAAGGCAAAGACAAAAGGCUGCAGAAUAUAAAUCUAAUAAAGAAUUCAAUGCUGCUUAUUUUAAGUUACCAGUUAUUGAUGGUAAACCUAAUUUAAAUGAUGCAGGACAUUCAGCAAUGAAACAAGAACAUCAAUUCAUAUUUUAG